UGGAGCUCUCGUGUUCUGGGUGGGGCUUUGCCAGUGGGGCAUUUCCUCUAGUGUCGGGUUUCUACAGCGCACUGGUAUUUAAAUCUGCUGCAGUGGGAAGUCUGUGGACGACUGUCAUCGUGAGUGAAUCUGCUCUACUGGAGGAUUUGGCGCUCGUUUUCUUUCAUAAUAGAAAUUGUAUCUCUUGCAUUUGCUCAGUGAUACAUUGUAGCUUCUAGCGGCGCGCGCGUUUAUUCUAACAAAGUCUGAAUGAAAGGCUGCAUGUUUGGCCAUGUUUUCGACCGUAACAUAUAAGCAGAAUAUUAUAUAAUGCAUCGGUAUCUUUUCGUAAUUAUGGUCUAGUCAUUUGUGCGUUUUGUGUCGUGAGUGGCCUAUCGAGACAAGGGAACAGUUUCAAUGGACUCUUGAAAUACAUCGACGUCACUACAAAUCCAUUCAUUUGAAUAGGUCUUCGGCUCGUUUGUGCAUAUUGCGAAAUAAUAAUAACACACGAAAAAACAGAUACAUCGUCUACGGUUGCCUAUACUCGAGUUGCAUCAUGUUCAGCUGGUUGGGUACCGAUGACAGGAGGAAGAAAGAUCCAGAGGUCUUCCAGACUGUCAGUGAAGGACUCAAGAAGCUUUACAAAACCAAACUGCUUCCACUGGAGGAACACUACAAAUUCCACGAGUUUCACUCACCCGCUUUAGAGGAAGCAGAUUUUGACAAUAAGCCAAUGGUUCUCCUGGUGGGACAGUAUUCCACUGGCAAAACGAGCUUCAUAAGAUAUCUCCUGGAACAGGACUUCCCUGGUAUGCGGAUUGGUCCAGAACCCACAACUGACUCCUUCAUAGCAGUGAUGCAUGGCACCAUGGAGGGACUAAUACCAGGAAACGCUCUGGUAGUGGAUCCCAAAAAACCCUUUCGGAAACUCAACGCCUUUGGCAAUGCCUUCCUUAACAGGUUUGUGUGUGCCCAGCUGCCCAACCCUGUUCUGGAGAGCAUCAGUGUGAUUGACACCCCAGGAAUCCUGAGCGGAGAGAAACAAAGGAUCAGCAGAGUUGCUACAGAAGAUGGCUUUGGUUAUAGCUUCCUGCGUAAAUGUCCAUACGGAGGCUAUGACUUUGCUGCGGUGUUGGAGUGGUUCGCCGAACGUGUGGACCGAAUCAUUCUGCUGUUCGACGCCCACAAGCUGGACAUCUCAGACGAGUUCUCAGAGGUCAUUAAGGCCCUCAAGAACCAUGAGGACAAGAUCCGCGUUGUGCUUAAUAAGGCCGACCAGAUCGAGACGCAGCAGUUAAUGCGGGUCUACGGCGCUCUCAUGUGGUCACUGGGGAAGAUUGUCAACACACCUGAGGUGAUUCGUGUCUACAUCGGCUCUUUUUGGUCACAUCCGUUACUGAUUCCAGACAAUCGCAAACUGUUUGAGGCGGAAGAGAAAGACCUGUUCAAGGAUAUCCAGUCGCUGCCUCGUAACGCCGCCCUUCGCAAGCUCAACGAUCUGAUCAAAAGAGCUCGUCUUGCUAAGGUCCAUGCAUACAUCAUUAGCUCCUUGAAAAAAGAUAUGCCCUCAGUCUUUGGGAAGGACAACAAAAAGAAGGAGCUGAUUAACAGCUUGGGAGAGAUCUACAGCCGCAUUGAGAAGGAGCACCAGAUUUCCCCGGGAGACUUCCCUAAUCUUAAGAAAAUGCAGGAGCAACUUCAAGCACAUGAUCUGAACAAGUUCCAUCCUCUGAAAAUGAAGUUAUUGGACACCGUGGAUGACAUGCUGGCUCACGACAUCGCCCAGCUUAUGGUUCUGGUGCGCCAGGAGGAGACGCAGCACCCCAACCAGGUGGUGAAGGGCGGUGCCUUCGAGGGAACCAUGAAUGGGCCGUUCGGACACGGUUAUGGCGAGGGAGCCGGCGAGGGCAUUGAUGAAGUCGAAUGGGUGGUGGCACGUGACAAACCUAUGUAUGAUGAAAUCUUCUACACUCUCUCACCCGUCAAUGGAAAAGUGACUGGAGCCAAUGCCAAGAAGGAGAUGGUGAAGUCCAAGCUGCCAAACACUGUGCUGGGUAAGAUCUGGAAACUGGCUGACAUUGAUAACGAUGGGAUGCUCGAUGACGAGGAGUUUGCCUUGGCCAAUCAUCUGAUCAAGGUCAAACUAGAAGGUCACGAGCUUCCAAGCGAACUGCCUGCUCAUCUUGUGCCGCCCUCCAAAAGCAGAGUAUUGGAAUUGGCCUUUAUUAUUAUUAUUAUUCUUUGA